AUUUUACAAUUUUUUUGUUUUAAUUUUUUUAUCAAAAAACAGGUCACACUAAACUAAUAAUUACCCCCAAAGAGAUAAGCAACAAUGUCUACGAUAGAUAAUAAUAGUAAUCAAAGACAUCAUGAUGAAUUCACUGCCAACGAAAGGAGUUCUUCCACAAUAUCAUCAUCUGAAGACAAUCAACAAUCAUUGGCCAGUAUUCAAAUGGCAACUGGUUUGCUUCAAAUCUAUGAGCCACCGUUGAUUAAGGUGCGAAAUCAUUUAAAGGAAUUAAUUGGAAAACAAAAUAAGAUCUACAUUGAUCUAUCGACAGAAAAAUACAGAUAUGACAAUGUAGAAAUUGCCGGCUUACAAGAAAUGAUGAAUACAGUGAAAGUAUACAGAGAAAAGCUGGUUAAAAUGAAGAAACAAAUGCAAUCAAUAUAUCAGAGGACUAAAGUACUUAAGAAAAGAGCUGCAAAUAUUCAAGCAUGCAAACAAAAAGAAUAUGCCCGUAAACUACAGAAACAACAACAAGAAGAAGCUCUAAUUGGUAAACGAAAUCAAAAUUCUACAAUUUCAUCAACAUCAACAACAACAACAUCAUCCGAUAGAUAAUAGUAAAAGCAUAGGUAAAUUGUAUACUUAUUUUUUUCUCUUUAUUAUUUGAUUUUU